CAGGAUUACAGCAGAUAGAAGAAAUAUUUUCUUUUGGUUCUUUUUACUAAUCAUAUUUCAUAGGUAACACCAUUGGGCCAUAACAACCUUAUAAAUGAUUUUGAUAAAAAUGUACAAUAUGUAAAAUUGUAGACCCUAGCUUUAAGAUAAGUUAAAAUUUGUUUUUUACUUUUCCUUCUACAUGCAUUUCUUGUUUUUACAUUCCCUCGUCUCCCCUUUUUACUUUACCUGAUGCAUUUCUGCCUCAUUAUGCAAUAGAUAUACCCUCCUGCGACAAGGAUGUGGACACCACCGGUUGCACAAUAGUCUUGAUUUUGGCCCAAUCCUGCUCCUUCCUGUUUAUUGACCAAUAGUAGAGAAGCUGGACCAAGAAGGGCAGCCUUUUUAAUUUGCAUAACGAGACAGAAAUGCAUCAGGUAAAGUAAAGAGAGGAGACAAGGGAAUCUAAAAACAAGGAAUGCAUGUAUAAGGUAAAGGAAAAACAAAAUAUAUAUUUCUGCUUUUAUUUUUAAUUAUGUCCAUACCCAGGCAAAAAUACAGACGGGAUAAACUUGUACAGCUUUUGUAAAUAUUUGUGUGUGUAUAUAUAUGAACCUGUAUAUAGUGAGAAACGUAUCAGAAAAGCUGAGAUCAGUGCAAGCUUUGACCAAGCCACUAAAAUACUUUUUACUGGUUUUGUAAUGUUUGUGUUUAUCCUCAUAUAAUAUAUUCUUAUCUAAGUAAAUUAUUGUCAAUAAAGAAACUGUUUGCUGAAAAAAAAUAUGGAAUGUGUAUUUUCUAUUAAUAUUAAUUGCAGUACUGCAAUACACUGAGGUGGCAACGGCUCAGGAGGAAGAGCUGGUUUGGUUCCUGGACUUGCAUUUCUGAUGUCAAGAUGUCUGUGUUUUUAUUUGUAUAUGAUGGUAAAAGUACUGCAUCAAAUAAGAAUAAAAAUGUUUAAAUACACUAAAGAGAUUGUGUGAUUUGUAGGGUCAACGUGCUUUGAGUGAGUGGUGAGCAAAAGAAGAAGAGCACUGUGUGGAUGGAUAUGUAUUGUUUACUGUGAUUUUAUUCUGGGCUUUAUUUUGAAAAGCGUUUGAACCGGAAGUGAUCUCAUGGGAACUAAUGUUCUGUGCUGUAGACACGUGCCUAGCUUUCCUGUAGUUAUUACAGAUUAACAAGUCCCUAAAUGGAACUGAUAACUAAGUUUACGUGGAUUUGAUAGCGUAUAUUGCAGUUCUGGAGACAGUAUUUUGUAUAUUUAUGUGAUCCACCAGCAGAGUCUGAUAAGUUAGCGGUAAAGCUAACACCCAGUGACAGCAUCAAAGGCACUUUUAUUCUAAAACCAUGAGUGAUGCGUUCAGCAGCAGCUCGGAAACUGUACUGGAGCGUGUGGUCGACGUGACGGUGAAAUCAAAUACCCCUGUGGAAAAACUCGAUGAGUUGUAUGAAAUUAAGAAGACUUGUGAGUUCAUUCACAAAAAUAACUUUCAAAAGGUUGCUCUGCAGUUUCCUGAUGAGCUGCUCGUGGAUUCAGUGGCAAUAGCUGAGGAGCUUGAGAGGACCAGUAAUGCCAAACCAUUUAUUUUGGGAGACACAUCUUAUGGCAGUUGCUGUGUGGACGAGGUGGCUGCAGAGCACGUUGGAGCCGACUGCAUCGUGCACUACGGCAGUGCUUGCCUCAGCCCGUCCAGGAGGCUGCCGUUGAUCUACAUCUUUGAGAAAAGACCAUUGGAUGUGGAGGCGUGUGCUUCCUCCUUCAGAGAGCUUUAUCCUGACUCACAGAGUCACAUCGUCAUCCUCUAUGACGUCAACUAUGAUCAUGUUAUUGAUGAUCUUCUAACGCUGAUAUCACCAGAGUAUCCAAACCUUGUUGCCUCAGAACUAGUUGUUGAAGGAGAUUUGUGUUACAGUCGAGGCCGGAUUAAAAAACGAGGGAGUGAUGAAUGUCUCUCUGGCAACCAGGUUAUUUGUCAGUUUGGGAGGCAGUUUUCCCUGAAAGACGCUUCCAGUAUAACAGAUUACAGUAUGUUCUUUGUCGGCCAGGAGGGGGCAACGUUGCGAAACUUCAUGAUGACUUGGAAUCGAUGCUCGUUUUGCUCUUUUGACCCCGUGGCAAAUAAAGGGAGGACUGAGUCGAUUAGUGUCAACCGUGCGCUGAUGAAGCGAUAUUAUGCCAUAGAAAGAGCCAAAGAUGCCGGCGUGGUCGGCAUCCUGGUGGGCACUCUCGGGGUGGCCGACUACCUCAGCAUCAUCCAGCAGCUGAAGGAAACCAUCCACAGAGCCGGAAAGAAGAGCUACAUGUUCGCCAUGGGGAAACUGAAUGUACCCAAACUAGCAAACUUUAUUGAAAUUGACAUCUUCGUGCUCGUCGCCUGUCCGGAGAACUGUCUGCUGGACUCCAGUGAAUUCUACAAACCUGUCGUCACGCCGUUUGAGAUGGAGGUGGCCUGCAACAAGAACAGGGAGUGGGCGCAGGAAUACGUCACAGAUUUCCGACAUCUGCUGCCAGGUGGACAGAGUCAUGUGCCGUUGUCUGACCAGCUGGAGGACGGUGAUGACACCGACGUUUCAUUAAUCACUGGAGCUCUGCGGAGCCAGAACCUGCUGCUUCGUGAACCUGCACAGUCGUCGUGCGGCUCGUCCGUGGUCCUGAGGAACCAGUCUCUGACUGUAGCCAGCACCAACUCAGCUGCAUCGUUUCUGGCAGGUCGGAGUUGGCGUGGUUUGGAGCAGAAGCUGGGAGAGACGCCGGUCGUGAAGGCAGUGGAGGGCAGGAGAGGCAUCGCUAUUGCCUACGAAGAGGAAGGAUCAUAAUUCACCAGCAAAACCCAACGUCUUCGUCACAUAUUUAUUGAUUAAACAAUGCACCAAAUGUAAAGAAUGUAUCUUAACUGCUGCAAUUAAUACAUAAUUAUCAAAAAAAAUACCAGGUAUCACAAGUUUCUACCACAGCAUUAUGUACUGAGUCAAAUAAUGUAAUAAAAUGUAAUCUAUCAUUUAAAUCAGUGCUUGACUUACUGGCCAUUCGCAGGGACUUCUUCUACAAAAGAUGCAGGAAAUAUCCCAGUAUUCCCAUUACACCGCCCUUCCAGCCAAUCCUGGUUUACUAAAGAAAGAGAGGCAACCAGAAAUCUGUAUCUCAAUUUGAUUGCAUGUUUUUGAGUUGUUAAAACAUGGCCAAAUGAAUGAAGCCUUACUUCUGGAGAGAAGUGUGAUUGCAUCCCCUUGUUGAAAGUUCAGAUCUUCUGGAUUUGGGGACUCGUAAGAGUGAAGUGCCACCAGCUGAGUCUGAGUCUGUGGCUCUGCGUCACUUUGCUAAAAUCACAAACACACAAAAUCAGAUCAGUGUUUAUUUUCAGAAAAGUGGAACUGAAGCUUUUUGAAAUAUGAACUCAGAUCAGAGUUGUUGGUCGAUGACUCACUGGAAGUUUUGCCUUUCAUAUUUUUAAAAAUUAAGUUGUAUUUACAUUCUUUUUAAAGGUCUAUAAAUGAAUCAGUUUUUUGAUUUUCUUCAUGGAGGCCCUACAGUUGCAGGACGACUAUGUUUGAGUAGGAGACGCGUUUGUCGAAGCUGCUAAGUUUUCAGUAGCGUCUGUAUAUCUGCCCUACUGUAAUUAAAAUGUAAAUGUUUUUAUCCUGUAAGUGUUACGUCAUGAUACUUAAAUAUUUUAUUAUAAAUAAUUCAUUACUUCCUUACCUCUUUGGUGUAACACCACAGGGUGAUGCGCCCACCGGUGGCAAGACUCCACACAUCUUGCAUCUCUGUGUCGCCAUCAAUAAGACUCUGUCCAUGUGCCUCUGAACUGAAAUUAAACAAAG